AGAGAAGCCGCGCCCCCGCCCCGCCGGCCGGGCUCACACGUGCUCCGCAGACUCCGGCCGGGAACAAAGGAGGGAGGACCCGCGUCUCCGCGGGAGAGCGGAGGGGCAGGCGCUCCGCUGGCGGAUGGCGGCGGCUCCGUGCAGCCCGGAGAGCGGCGCGCCGGGGGAGCGGCCCCGCGUCUACUUCCAGAGCCCCCCGGCGGCGGCGGGAGAGGCGGGCGCCGAGGACGAGGAGGGCCCCGUGCGGCGCCAGGGGCGGGUGACGGUGAAAUACGACCGCAAGGAGCUCCGGAAGCGGCUGCACUUGGAGGAAUGGAUCCUGGAGCAGCUGACGGUCCUCUACGACUGCCAGGAGCAAAGAAAUCCCGAAUUAGAAAUAGACGUGGACGAGCUAUUGGACAUGGACGGCGACGAGUCGCGGAGCGCCAGGGUGAAGGAACUUCUGGUUGACUGCUACAAGCCCACGGAGGUUUUCAUAGCUGACUUGCUAGACAAGAUCCGAGGGAUGCAGAAACUAAGCACCCCGCAAAAGAAGUGAGCCGCGGACUGUGACCUGCCGCCCUUUGUGGCCCCAGCGAUUUGGGGCAGCGUGUCGCUGAAAUGUUGGCAAUGCUGGGUUUCCGGGAAGGGGGGGCGCUUUCACAGGGGAGAAUCAGUUAGUUACCCCUCCCCAAAAGCAACAAAAAGAGGAAGAUUCUCCCUCUGGGGAUGCUUUGAUAAUCAAAACGAUUUGGUCACCUUUUAGCAAUAUCUCUCUGCCCCCCCCCAACGUGUCCCGGCUCCACGCGAGUGUGUCUGUGUGUGCAAAGGGGAGGGGACGCAUUCGUUCUCAAGAGGGGGGACGGAAAGAGAGUAGGAUCUUCACGAAGAGAUUCAGACGGGGAGAGCAUCUGGAUUUGGGGGAGGGGUGUUUUGGUUUUUU